AUUAAAUUAAGCACAGUUAUACAGUGAGCUGUUUUGAAUUAACUGAGGAAAAAUUCCAUCGCCUCUUAAAACGGACACAAUAACUGCGCUAUGUGGAUUAAUUCGGUAAGUUAUGCCCGAAAUCCUUAACCGACACAGUCCAGUGCGCCUGACCGGAUUAUCGUAAACGGCGUUUCACUCGGGGCUCUACAGUUCUUUCAUUAUUAAAUGAUCAAAAGUUUUUUGCGCGCCGAGGAGUAGAGGGGCUCUUUCAAGAUACCGAAAACCAAUCAAAACGAUCGCUUCUUAGUGACGUCACAAAAGCCAUGAGAGCUGUCGACCAAUCGCGUGAGGUUGCAGUCAGAGCCCGCACAGUAGGCGAAUGGGCAAUCGUUGUGUUGUGGUUUUCUCACACCGUCCUUCGUACUGAACGACCUCACGCAGGCUGCAAUGUUGAAAUAGAGAAACAAGAGUGUGGGAAUAAAUUCAGCGUGAACGCUCCGGUUAUCUUCUUUUCGUUUGAUUAAUUUCUUGACUUACGAUGUAACUUCAAAGGUUCUUAGUUACUUGCGGAACCUCUAAUUUUCCCUCUUCGUUGACACCGCUCCCAAAGGCUUCUGCAACAGCGAGUACACACACGCAGUAGUAAGGAACAUCAAUCUAGAUUCCUUGCGAUCUCCGCGGAUUAAAACUUUUCAAGUACUGGAGGCAGAGGACAAGGCAAACAUUUUCUAAGUGUAGUAAGGAAUUCAAACUUUGCUUUUUUCUGUGGAUUAGAUUUUCCUCCGUCUGAAUUAAGUGUAUUUGACUCUUGCGCGCUUGAUUUAUCCCACUGUGAUUCUUUGGAAAAAAGCUGCCAUCCCUGAAAUUGCUGCGAUCGUUGCAAAUCUUUUUGAGACUACACCAGGAAUGCGAGCGGCUGACAAACUUCCCUAAAGAAUCCAUGACGGUGUACCUGGCUCCCUCGUCAUCCUAUGGCCGUUACGUCAGCAGUAUUCCAGACGAAAGACUUCUGCGUGGGGAACCUCACGACGCCGUCCUCGUUCUCGAUCCCUACCCAGAGAUGAGUUUUGGUCACGUGGUUUUGGUCUUCUUUGUGGAUGUAGGGAUUUCACGUGCUGCUUGCCAAAAGAAGGAGGGGAUCUAUUUAGAUCAUGACGAAUGUAUGCACCUGGUGUCAAGAAGACGCUGCCGAAAUCUGCUGGAGCGUCGGUCGAGACGUCGAAACUUUGCCAAAAGAUGUGAGAUCAACUUCCUACCUACAGUGCAUCUCGAUACAGACCGCACGCUGCCUAAACACAACCAGCUGGCCUGUAAGCCGGACCUGAUGGGCUUCCACCAAUGUCCCCAGCUGCGACCUCUGAACGACACAUCUCGUCUGCUGUGUGACCCACUGAAAGAAAACACGCAGACGUGUGCCACCACGCACGAGACCGUUCGCACAAGCUGUCGGAUUUUCGAGAUCUGUGACCAGGCUGUACUAGUGUUUGGAGGCUGGAACCGCCUAACGUCGCACGUGUCCAAUGAAGAAAAUAUCAAAGGGAUGUAUCAAUUGUUGAGGCGAAAUGGGUUCAAGAGAAGGAACAUCAAACUGUUUUACGCCAACGGUGUCAAGGAAUUCCAAAUCGAGAGGGAGCCCCGGCAAACCGCUCACCCAGCCGCCAUGAAACUGGCCCUGAGGUACCACCUACAACGGAUGUGUGCCUCCCCCCACUGCGUGGACUCCCUGGCUCUCUACCUCAACGGACCAGCCACUCACCACGGGAACAUGCUUCUCUGGGAUGUCAACUUUAACGGAAUGGCUGAAGAGGAGGAGAGAUACACUGUAGAGGAACUACUCUCUGACCUGGCGGACUGCGCAGCACGUCAAGUGUUCCUGCUGGUGGACCAGAGCUACUCGGGUGAGAUCUCCCACGCCCUGCGCUCCUCGACAAGUCACGAAAACGUGCUCGUCAUUAGUAGCGGGAAAGGCUUCCAGUACUCCUACAACAGCGAGCUGACUCGCUACUGGUCCGGGCAGAAUGACACUCGAGCUUGUGUCACGGACAUAUACAAGAGUAGCUUAGACUUUAUAGAGAAGUCUACCCCUCUCAUGUCAAACCCUGGAAAAGUCGAGAAAACACUCUCGGGAGCACCCUGUGACGUCACGCCACCAUUCUCGAAUCGUGAGCUUCGUCGAGACUAUUUUGGCUGCCAAAACCUGCCCACCGCCGUCUGGCUCCGGGAAAUACUUCGUCAGUCGGAUGACGACAUUCCGGAAAUCCCUGAUGCAUAAUGGGAACACAAUAAGUUAACAAGAUGUCAUAGUGAACAAUUCCCUACUUUCCUUACAAGGAAAGUAUUUUUGUUGACUUCAGGAGGAAAAGGACCCUUUCGGGUUCGGCUAAAUCGGUCUUGCUGUAGGACCAGAAGACAAAAGAUCCAUGUGAUAAUUGUCCAUACUGCCACAAUCUGACCUUGACGAAGUGAACCAUGAGACAAGCACAUAGGCUGGCCGUCCUGUUCGCUAGUCGCAGCCAUUCCGCUCAACAUCGCUGCAUAAAGCAAGCUUUUUACCACGCUUUGGAAGCCCAAUAAUCCGUUCAUCACCUCGUAAACUCGCAGAAAUCAGAGCAUUUUAUUGCUAUUAUUUUCAUUGUGAAUCCAUCACGUAAAAAGAAGACAUUUCGAGAAAGUUUUUUUUUUUAAAUUGUAAUCUGGAUUUGAUUACACGUUACAGUCAAUUGACUAUGUCAUUUACUUGAGCAUUUAAAACUGUUACAAUGCACAUGUACACAAAAACGCGAUGAAACUGAUAGUGUUUGCUUAUUUUUGCUUGACAAUGUUUUGAAAUAAUACAAAUAAAUCGUCUGAAUAACGUUAUCAACAAUGGGAACCCACCCCUUUACCCUCAAGAAAAGGAUCCUAAAAUAAAUAGCCAUAUGGUUAUCAAUAACACAUUGUACAUAAAAAAAAAUAUGUAUUUCAAUUAUCACUGAUUAUCAGGCAAAAAGAACAAAGUAUAUGAUGGAAUGAGAUAUUCAAAGAAAUAAAAGAAUUCAAAGAUUCAUGAGUAAGCAAAUGAAUGAAUACAUUAAAGUGGUUCCUUUUCACAGUAUAGUGAUUAAUGAAGUUCUAAAGUUUGAGCUUUAUGUAGCCUGUAGGCUCGAAACCUAUCUCUGAGAGUCGGGACUACCAUACAAGUAGUGUGAAUCCAGUUCUUGUUUUGUCUCUUCGCCUCGAUUUUCAAAUUCGAAAUUGGAGAUAAAAGUCAUUAUUUUGUUUUCAAAUACUUUUACCCUCCACAUGAUCUUGUUCAAUCUUUCUAUUCACAGUGCAUUUUUUUAAAAACAUGUACCAUUUGCGUCCUUUCUAUACCGUAAUUCCCCCUUAGAUUACUGUUGAGGUGUAUAUGUAGCAAAUACACUGACUUGUCCAAUGUUCUCUGCUCUGGGUAUAUGCUCAGUUUUUAUCGAAAAUAACAACGGGAUAUCGUCAACGUCCACGCUGUCCUCUUCUCAUUAUAAGUUCUCUUUCUCCUCAACUGCCCCUCCUGCUUCUCAUCUUUUUCCCCUUGACUCCUUUCCCAGCCCCUUCCUUCUCCUCCUGCUCCUCUCCGUUCUCAUCUUUUUUUCACUCCUCUUCUUUCUCCUCUCCACAUCCUCCCCCAUCCCAUUCCUCCCCCUCCUCCUUCUCAGCUUCACUCUAUGUCCAUUACCUUCUUUCUGUCCCUCCUCCCCAUCAUGUAGCAUCACUUUAAACUCUUCACCCUUCAUGUCUUUACAUGAUGUCACAUAAUAAUUUAUUUUCUCCUUCCCAUUUCUAGUCGUCGUCUUCUCCUGCCAUCAUCUGGCACUGGUUUUAAUCUCUACCUACUCCCAUUUCUUACAACUGUGUAGCUUAGUUUCAAUUUUUUUAUAUUCUUAAUGUCAAAAGGAUGAUUUUGAAAAAAUGGUAAUUGUUGUCUUUGGCAGUGUUGUAUUUUUUUAUCAUGUUCAGCUUAUACGUCAUUUUCAUUAUGAACAAAAUUCACAAUUUAACAAAGUACAAACAAGGAAAGAUUGAAAUGAACAACGUCACAACAAUAACGACAGAAACAAUAAUUACAAGAACAACAGCAACAACAGCAACAACAGCAACAACAGCAACAACAGCAACAACAGCAAUAACAACAAAGACGGUAAAUACCACGAACAGACACAACAAAAUCAUAGCAUAAGCAGCUGUAUUGAUAGCCAGCAAUGACAACAGCUGCAACAACAAAUAAAAACAGCAGUAACAACAGCAGCAACACCAAUAAUAACAACAACAACAACAACAACAACAAAAACAACAACAACAACUACAACUACUACUACUACAACAACAACAGCAACAACAACAGCCACAACAACAACUCUGUUGAAAAAUAUAACUAUAUAAAAAUAUGAUAUCCUUUUAAUACAUCAUAUUACGACUUCAGCAUUGACAGUAUCCGCUCCCAUUAGAGGAUCGAAAGUCACAGCCCUCAAACUAGUUUUUUUCUUCUAUUUUAACAGGGUACGUUACCCUUAUCCCACCACACAUCAGCAUUAUCAAAGGAAUUAUUAUGUAUCUAUGUUGCUUGCGACCAUUGUAUCGAUGAUGCAAUGUUGUAUUUAUUGACUGAUUGCGGUUUUGAUUUUGCUUUUUAGAAAAAAGCAGUAUGUCCAUGUAGUUCCAAAAGUAACAGUUACUGAUGCCCAAUAAAAUGACGUUUUUUCCUGUUU